ACCACGUUUUGAUAUAAUAAAAUAUCAAUCAAUAUAAGAAUAUUAUCUUCAACUUUCAUCUUGGUAAACAAAUAUGGUCAAAAACAAAACCUCAUCAUCAUCAAAAAAUCUCAAAGAAAUUGUGAACAUAAACAACGUUUCUGAUUGUUGAUUAAGAUGACAAGAAGAUGGUCUUUUUACAUGGACUUUUUGCCAGUUGUGGUGAUUAUUGGAAAUGAAUGCAUUGAUAUGUCUUUACUCACUUUGUAUAAAGCAGCCACACUUCAAGGGAUGAACAAUCAUGUCUUUAUUGCUUAUGCUUAUGCUGUUGGUACUUUUGUUCUUCUUCCUAUCACUCUUUUCACCACAAGAUCAAGAGUGGUUUCUCCAAUUAGUUUCUCAAUUAUAUGCAAAUCAAUGCUUCUUGGGGCAAUAGGAUGUUCAUCUCAAAUUCUAGGAUAUGUAGCUAUUAAUUAUAGUUCUCCAACACUUGCUUCUGCAAUUGCUAAUCUUGUACCUGCUUUCACUUUCAUACUUGCUGUUACAUUCAGGAUGGAAAAGUUAUCAGCAAAGAGUAGGAGUAGUAAUGCUAAGGUAAUUGGAAGCAUAAUAUCAAUAGCAGGUGCUUUUGUGUUGACAUUUUACAAAGGACCAUCCAUUAUCAAUGCAGAUACACAUCUUACCUCACUAUUUCACCAACCAAUUGCCUUUAUCAAGUCAGUGGAUUCAAGUUGGGCCUUUGCUGGCAUUCUGCUAACACUUGAUUAUUUUCUGGUUUCAUUGUGGUACAUUUUACAGGUGCAUAUCUUGAAAGAGUUCCCAGAUGAACUAACUUUAGUCUUAUUAUACUCCAUAACUGCCACCAUCAUAUCUAUAGUUGUAGCAUUGUUAUCAGUUCCAAAUGCAAGUGCUUGGAAAAUAGGACUAAAUCUCUCACUCAUUUCAAUUGUUUCUUCUUUGAUUCUAGGGAAUAUUUGGAAAGUUAAUAGGCAAUAUGGUUGUAGCUUGGUUAGUGCACUUAAAGGGAGCUGUCUAUGUAACCUCAUUCAUUCCACUCCAAAUUGUGAUUUCUGUUGCUUUGGGGGCUAUAUUCCUUGGUGACACUCUUCAUGUUGGAAGUAUAAUUGGAGCCACAAUAAUCUCAAUUGGCCUUUAUGCUGUUAUGUGGGGAAAAGUAACAGAAGAAGAUGUUGGUGACACUAUGGAGUUGCCAUCAACAGAAAAUAUUGAACCUUUGUUGCAAGUUGUAGAACCAAAACUUAUGAAAAUAAAAUAGAUAGAAAUGUUUAAAAAAAUAUGGUUCAUCAAAACCUGUGAAAUUUGUUAUAUAUAUGAAUCAAAACCAGAGAAUGAAAAUUUAUAUAUAUGAAUGUAAAUUGAGAAAUUUGUUUUCUUACAAAAACAAA